GCUUGGGGCCAAGGGAUAGAGGAAGGCAUGACUAUGAGUGGCGAGUUCGAGUUCACCAUGCAGGCCUCGGAGAAGGACUGCUUUGGGGAAAUGCUGUCCUGGCACAUGCUAGCAGCCGGGGUCGCGCCGCAGUCGCUGGACAACAGGUGCCUGAAAUUCACGGAUGCGAGUGGGACAGAAGCCAUGGGCAGCAAGCAGGAGAUUGGCAAGCUGCUCGCCAACCCCAGCUCGUAUCCUGUGCGGGUGUCCUACUUCCCGCAUCCGGCCUUCAAAUUUGUGCGUCCAGAAGCCGUGCCAGAGGUUGAAUCUACGCGCACACAUUUGAAGUUUGUGCAGGAUGCAGUUGCAGAGCUGGAUGGGAACAUGGAUAACGUGAAGCACACCCACCAGAGGAGGACAUUCGAGCGGUACCUGUUGUACCUGGAGGACCACUACUACCAGACAGGUGACGACCUUCACGAUGCCAUGAACUGGGAAGAUUUCUUGCAGAGGUAUCCCCACCUGGAAUUUUUCUUCCUCCUCACCAAGAAGACAGGCCCAGGACUGUCGAAAAUCCUUCGCGGGGAGAUCGAUGUGCUGGAGUACCUCUUCGGUGGAUGA